ACUUAAUACGGAGUAAUUAAUAACUUCUUUCAAUUCUCUCACGCCCAAAAUGGGAAUGAGAAAAUUCUUGAUAUGGAUUCUAAUAAUAGCGGAUAUUGCAGCAGCAGUUUCUGGGCUUAUUGCAGGAUUAAAGUUUAAGCAACGAGAGCUAGCAUCUCCGGUUUGGAUCAUAGCCAUCUCUGCUUUUGUGGUUGCUCAUGUCGCUCUAGCUGUUCUACCCUGUUGCAUUAAUCGCGAUCCGUCAAAGGCUGGUGGCCAGUUUAUUGACGAAUGUUGCAGCUCCCCUCCGGUUUUUAUGUGGCUCGCAUGGCUUUGUUGCAUUGUAGGAGCUGUAUUUUUUGUGGCAGCACGUACCGGCCUUGUCAUUAUCCUUGGAGGAGUUUCAUUAGGCAUUCUUGAUCCGCUCUUUGCCUGGCUAUAUACUACAAAUCUCUACGAUUUUCAUCAUCAUCGUCAUCAUCUAAUGUAUAGCGAAAUCUAUAAAUUAUAAGCUAAUUAAUCCCAUAUUAAAAUUAGCUAUCCUAGUAGCUAAUUAACGUCGAAUCAUGUGUUUUCGCAUUCGCUAUUCAAUCCCACUUUAAUACGUACUUUACCCAUGUUUGUUUUUGUUCACUAAAUUAAUCAAUCACGAAUUGAAG